UCAACGCGACUCGAACGCCGUGUAUUACUCACCCCCCCCCCCCCCCCGAACCCCGGGAGGUGUUGCUUAUCUGUCAAGACCGAAGGCUUGCGCUCUCGCCUCAUUAGAACCCUUAAUUUAUACACCAUGGCCAAGAAUACGUUAAGCUCCGAGUUCCGAAACCUUGAUGUUGACCAGUACAAUGAAGAUAAUUACAAAGAAGAUGAUGGCGAACCCCAGAGUCCACCUAUUGGGAUUGAUGAAGCCACAAUUGUCUCGCAUAUAAACUCGGGCAAUCAUGCGGACGCUCUGAAACUCCUGCUAACAAAUGCACCAGUAGCAUCUAAGGGGAAAAAUGAGCAAGUAAAGGACAUGGCUCUGAACCUAGUGUUAAAGGUACUAUUGUCUGUCAACAAGUCACAGAUGGACCAGAUAAUUGGAGCUCUAGACCAAACCCAUUUGGAUGUCCUAAUGAAGUACAUUUACAGAGGCUUUGAGAGGCCAUCAGAGGGAUCCUCUGCCAUUCUUCUUAUUUGGCAUGAGAAAGUGUAUAAUGUUGGAGGUGUAGGUUGUAUUGUACGUGUUCUCACAGACAGAAAAAGGGUCUGAACUUGAAAUAAUGUC